UAAAUUGUUAUAUCAAUAAUCUUGUUCCCAUUUAACAAACUAAAGAAAAAAAAAAACUCAUCUUCUUAUCACAAAGAGAAGAGAAGAGAGCUGAGAGCUUUGUUUUGUCUGCUUUGGAACUCAAUCCGCUAUGGAAAAAGUAGAGUUACCGGUUCACGAGCAUCCUUUGUUCGUCUUUGAUCGGGUUUGUAUGGACACAUGUAAAGGAUGUGGUGUUUACGGUUAUUUUUAUGGUGGCUACAUUUGCAAUGAGUUAGGUUGUAAUACUCUCUUCCACAAGGAGUGCGUCGAGUCUGUACCGGAGAUCAACCACCCUUCCCAUCCCGAACAUCCUCUCAAGCUUAGCCUGGACUGUGGACAAUUUUGUUGUAGUGUGUGUAUACACAGAUCGGAAGUUGGUUAUUAUUGUUCAAUUUGCGACUUCAAUGUGCAUUUGGUUUGUGCAAGAAGAUCUCCAUCUCCAUCCUCAAUUUCAUCCACAUUCUCCUCGCUGCCUACUACUACUGACAAUUCCAAAGUGCAUCAGCAUCCACUUCUACUCUCUGAGAAGGUAAAGACGUUCUUGCUGAAGGGAGAGCGCAAUUGUGAAGUCUGCAAUGCGGAUAUCAACAUCAACGAACAAAAACUUUAUGAAUGUCGUUUUUGCAAUGUACUCUUCCAUUGGGAAUGUGUCGGGCUCAUCCCAGAUGUAUACCACUCUUUACAUCCCAAACACCCGCUCAAGUUUUUCAGAUACGGAGCACCAGAGUACGCUGAUGAAGAUUGCCUUCUUUGUGGGAAGAAGUUUGACCGAAGAUCUUACAACUGUGAUCAAGUUUACCACUGCGAUGUUUGUAAUGUAACCAUAUGCAAGGAGUUUUGCAUGGCAAACCCACCGCCAGUUUCUGUUGUGAGCCCAACGACACAUGAGCAUAAACUCCACCUUGUUCCAAGACUUGUCAAUUUUACUUGCAAUGCUUGUGGGACGAAAGGUGAUCGAAGUCCUUAUUUAUGUCUUCAAUGCAAUUUCAUGAUUCAUCGAGCUUGUAUUGAUUUACCCUGCGUGAUAAAUAUCAAUCGUCAUAAUCAUCGCAUCUCUUACACUCGUCAACUUGGGCACGGGAAUUGGACAUGUGGAGUUUGUCGUAAAAAAGUAGAUGGGUUUUAUGGGGCUUAUUCUUGCUCAAAGUGUCCUAGCUAUGCUGUUCAUGCAAGAUGCGCAACGAGGAAUGGUGUGUGGGAAAAAGUAGAACUAGAAGGAACACCAGAAGAGGAGGAAAUCGAACCGUUCGAAGUGGUAGAUGAAAAUCAGAUAAAGCAUUUCAGCCAUGACCAUAAUUUAAGACUCAACAAGGCUGGUAAGAGUAUACACGAAAGCAAACUUUGUGAAGCUUGUGUCUCCCAAAUCAAUGACGAAUCGUUUUAUGAUUGUGAGCGAUGCGACUUUAUUCUACAUGAGACAUGUGCUAGUCUUCCCAGAAAGAUAAGGAAUGUCUCCGACAACACACCGUUCACUCUACAAACAGAUACUUAUAGAAGAAGAUGUUUUGCUUGUUACCAGUAUUUCACUGGUUUCAAGUACAAAUCUGGUCGUAUCACUCUAGAUGUACGUUGCAGUUCAAUAACUGAACCAUUUCUCCAUGAAAGCCAUCCACAUCCUUUAUACUACGAAGUCUUUAGUUCUAAGAGGGGUAAUAAAUGUUCUGCAUGUGACAGAACACAUGUCUUCAUAAGUACGUUGUGGUGUGAUGAGUGUGAGUUUCAGUUGGACUUCGGGUGUGCUACUUUACCUAGAAAGGUAAUGAAUCAAAGGUACGACGAUCAUCCUCUCUACUUGUCUUACGGUGAAACUAAGGAAGAUGGUCAACUUUGGUGUGAGGCAUGUGAAACAAAAAUAAAUCCAAAGGAAUGGUCCUAUGAAUGUAAUCUUUGUGGGAUCACUUUGCAUGUCUCGUGUGUUGUGGGAGACUUCUCAUAUCACAUACCAGGGCACAUUUCGUUAGACGACAUCUCAGAAGGAGUAGUGGUAGCCAACACUUCUAUUUGUAGACCUCAUUGCUUCAGGUGUUCUUCAAGAUGCAAGCUUCCUUAUAUUCUUCAAGUUGAUGGCCAUUACUUUUGUUCUAUAAUAUGUGUAAACCCUCGCGAGUAUUGGAACAAUAAUCUAUAUAUAAAUUAAAAGUUCACUUUC